GAACCUUUGCAUUUCAUGUCUCGGUCUUGGCUCCAAAUUUUCAAUACUACUUUUUGGGUGUCCUUUGUGUAUAAAAACCACAGCUCAUUACACUUUAAUCCUCAAUUUCUCGCUGAACUUAUACAUACAUGACAUCCAAUUAGAGUGGAAUACAGUUGAAAACUCACAGAAAAACAGUCAAGAAACCAAAUCAAAAGUACUAAGAACAAUUGAAGAUGCUAUUAGCCCGCUUAGCUCAUGUGCUGCCAGGACGAUCACUGCGCCUUCUGGGCCAGAGUGGAGGUCCUCGCCUCUGGAGCUCCGCCCAGAACUCAAUCAAAUCUAAACUCCCGACAAUGCCAUCUUUGGGUAGUGGAAAGUCUCUGCUGCCAAAGAGAGACCUGCAGGCACUGAAGAUGAGGAAAUAUUCACGAGAGCCAGGGGAUCGUGAUCGUUCUCAACUGGAGAGCCGAACCAGAGGACCCUCGCUCAAGGAUCGCAUGAUGGGUCCGCCCAGUGAGAAUGCCUACUCCAUGGGCAAGGGAGCAGCGGCUGGAGCAGCUCUCAUGGGUCUGGUGGGUCUGUGCUACUACGGACUGGGUCUGGCCAAGCAGCCUAGCAUCUACGAUCACUCGGUGGUGUGGCCCCAGUAUGUGAGGGAUCGCAUCCAUGCCACUUAUGCCUACUUUGGGGCAUCCUGCGCCCUGACAGCAGCCUCUUCGGCGGCCAUUUUCCAAUCGGACGCCAUGAUGGCCAUGUUGACGCGCUCCGGUUGGAUCGCCAGCCUGAUCACCUUGGGCGUGGUGAUGCUGAGCGGUGCCCUGGCCCAGAGUAUUGAGUAUCAACCCGGUUUUGGGCCCAAACAACUGGCCUGGGCUGUCCACUGUGCCGUCCUUGGAGCAGUCCUGGCGCCCAUGUGCCUACUGGGUGGUCCCAUCCUAAUCAAGGCCUUGAUGUACACCGGUGGCGUUGUGGGCGCAUUGUCCACGGUGGCCUAUUGCGCUCCCAGCGAGAAAUUCCUGCACAUGGGUGGACCCUUGGCCAUUGGCCUUGGAAUUGUCUUUGCCUCUUCGCUGGCCUCCAUGUGGCUGCCGCCCACGACAGCUGUGGGUGCAGGACUGGCCAGCAUGUCCCUGUAUGGCGGAUUGAUCCUGUUCAGUGGCUUUCUUUUAUACGAUACCCAAAGGAUCGUGAAGUCGGCAGAGCACCAUCCGCAAAAUAGCAGCACUCUCUUCGAUCCCAUCAAUCAUGCCAUGGCUAUUUAUAUGGAUGCGUUGAAUAUCUUUAUACGCAUCGCCAUUAUUUUGGCAGGACAAGAUCAGAAGAGAAAGUAGGAGGAAACAGGAUUUAAGGGUUAACUUUAGGUCUCUUUAUAAGCAAAGUGUUUGAAAAUUAUUUGAGGAAGGAUUAGACAAGGCAGAGAGAUGUGGCAAGUGUAAAGGCAAAUUCAUAAUGGAACUGAGUGGAAUUCAUUCGUAAAUUUAUUCAAUAAUUACAAGUAUAAGACUAUUGAAUUACAGAAAGAUAAUAAUAUUAAAUAGUACAGAAGA